AUGGCAUCGUAUUUGAUUGCAUUUUUGCUCUGUGUUUUGGUAUCGAAUGUUGUUCCAUGGACAUUAGAUUAUCCAUCGGCUCAACAAGUAUCAUCACCUCAUUUCAACCGUGGACGAUCUGGACACGCAAUAAAAGCGAUCGUAUUACACGGCACAGCUGGUGGUGGUACUGUUCAGUGGUUUCUAAACCCAGCCAGUAAAGUAUCAGCCCAUUAUGUUGUGGAACAAGAUGGUAGAGUAGUUCAAAUGGUCAGUGAAGAUGAUACAGCGUGGCACGCUGGCGUUGUAACUACUAACAGUCAGUUUUACGGACAACCAAAUCCAAAUUUAUGGGCGAUCGGUAUUGAAUUCAGUCGAAAUAUAAAUAAUGAUAACGAUAUGCCCGAAGUACAAAUCCAAGCUGGUCUUAGAUUGGUCUCCGAUAUAUUACGUCGUUAUGGCAAGUUACCACGAUACACCCAUGAUCAAAUCAGUGUUGGUCGUAUAUGUCCUGGUCCUAAAUUCCCAACUUCUCGAUUUUUAGCUCUAUAA